UUCGAAACAACCUGAGAGAACGGAGUGUUUUGCGCUCCAACACACCGCCAGCCACUUGACACGUGCUCGUCGCCGCCCUCCACAGAGCUGCCACUGCUUCUCAUCCAUUCGCUGCUACCAGUCUCUUUCCCCUUUUCCUCUCUCUAUCUCCAUCGUCUUCUUCGCCCGCAGAGACUCCCGUGAGUUCUUCAGGUUCAUCUACCUAACAUCAAAAUGGUUAAUUUUGGAAAGAAACUAGUAGCUAAUCAAGUUGAGGAGUGGAAAAGUUAUUAUAUCAACUACAAAUUAAUGAAGAAGAGAGUGCGCCAAUAUGCUCAACAGGUUGAAGCAGGCAGAAAAGAUCGCCGUCAAAUCCUCAAAGAGUUCUCUAGAAUGCUAGAUGACCAGAUUGAAAAAUUUGUCCUUUUUCUUUUGGAGCAACAAGGGCUUCUUGCAAGGAGAAUUGAGCUACUAGGAGAACAUCGUACACUUCUUUCAGGACAGCCAGAUAUUCGACAAAUAUCUGAUCUGCGAGAGGCAUACAGGGCAGUGGGUCAAGAACUUUUGAAACUUCUUAAGUUUCUAGACAUGAAUGCUACUGGCAUCCGUAAGAUAUUGAAAAAAUUUGACAAACGGUUUGGAUUUAGGUUUACGGAUUAUUAUUUAACUUCUCGGGCAAAUCAUCCUUACUCUCAGCUGCAACAGGUCUUUAAGCAUGUGGGAAUAGGAGCCGUUGUAGGAGCUUUGUCCCGUAACCUUGCUGAUCUUCAAGAUCGUCAGGGGAGCUACUUAUCUAUUUAUGACCAGCCAUCUGUUUCUGUGAAGGAUCCUAUUAUUGAUCAAAUUCAAGCAUCGGUUGACAAAUUGACAAGAUCAACAAACUUUCUUCAAUUUUUAGGACAGCAUGCACUUAUUGUGCAUGAAGAUAUUCCUAGUUCUGCAGAGGAUCAAGCUGAUGCUGAUAAAUACCAUUUCAUGUCUCUUCUAUUGAAUUUAGUGAAUACUUUUCUCUAUAUGGUCAACACAUACAUCAUAGUGCCAACUGCAGAUGACUACUCAAUGAACCUUGGAGCUGCAGCUACAGUUUGCGGUGUUAUUAUUGGGGCCAUGGCAGUUGCACAAAUUUUCUCUUCAGUUUACUUUAGCGCAUGGUCGAAUAAGUCCUACAUGAGUCCACUUGUAUUUAGCACUAUCCUACUUCUCGUGGGCAAUACCUUAUAUGCACUAGCUUUUGAUCUUCAGUCAAUUACAGUUCUCCUCAUUGGCCGUCUACUUUGUGGGUUGGGUUCUGCAAGGGCUAUCAACCGCCGUUAUAUCAGUGACUGUGUGCCCUCUAAAAUACGCUUGCAAGCUUCUGCUGGUUUUGUUAGUGCUAGUGCCCUUGGAAUGGCUUGUGGUCCUGCCCUUGCUGGCUUUCUCCAAACUAAAUUCAAGAUAUACUUUUUAACAUUUAACCAAGACACCUUACCAGGAUGGGUUAUGACAUUAGCUUGGCUUUUAUAUUUGUUUUGGUUGUGGAUUUCCUUCAGAGAGCCUACUCGUGAAGCUGCUGAGAGCCAUCCCCCACAGGAUAUUAAUGCUGGGCACUUGAAGAAUGAUUUGGAAAAUGGCCUUGUGAAACCUUUGCUCUUGAAUUCGGAAGAGAAUCAUGAUGAAGAUGGAGAGCAAGAUUAUGAUGAGAGUGAAGAAGCCUCUGAAGAUUCUCGCGGACCUGCAACCUCAGUUGCUUCAGCAUAUAGAUUACUUACACCAUCUGUGAAGGUUCAGUUGUUGAUCUAUUUCAUGCUUAAGUAUGCAAUGGAGAUAUUGCUUUCGGAAUCAAGUGUGAUUACAUCAUACUACUUUGGGUGGACAACAAGCAAAGUGGCAAUUUUUCUUGCUGUUCUUGGGCUGACUGUCCUGCCUGUGAAUGCUGUUGUUGGGACCUACAUUAGCAACAUGUUUGAGGACAGGCAAAUAUUGUUGGCAUCUCAGAUUAUGCUGUGUGUUGGCAUACUCAUGAGCUUUAAUUUUGUAGGCUCUUACACUGUACCACAAUAUGUAAGCUCAGCCCUCAUCACUUUUGUGUCAGCUGAAGUCCUUGAAGGUGUUAAUCUAUCCCUUCUAUCACAAGUUAUGUCAUCACGGCUUGCCCGUGGGACUUACAAUGGUGGCCUGCUAUCGACAGAAGCAGGGACCUUGGCUCGAGUGGUUGCAGAUGGCACGAUUACAUUAGCUGGUUAUUUGGGUGUAGGAAGGCUUCUAAAUGUUACCUUAAUCCCAUCACUGCUAAUCUGUUUAACCUGCAUUCUUUCAACUUUUCUGACAUUUCCCACUCUGUAUUGAUAACUUUGCCAAAAUCAUCCUUCAGUCUUCAGUAGAUUCAUUCGUUUCUGUUAGAUCAAUAAACAUGCAUUGUAUAUAUGUUAUUUAUGAUGCCUUCAAGUAAUAAUUGCACUUGUGUUCUUUGAAUGUUCAAAAGUUAAUCCGUCUAUACGAGGAGCACGAUUUGCGAACUUUAUUUUUCUGUAAGUUUCAGAUUCUCUUGUGGAUAAUUUGGAUUGGAGCAGGUGUGCCAUAUGAGGAACUGGUAUCUGCUUU